AUGUACCCGUCAUUUGAAGAGCUGCGGAGCGAAAGGCAAAGAAUAGUAUUCUCCAACCACUUUAAACGACUAUGCUGGCCCCUUCGAGGCACGUUCCCAACCGCGUUGUCGGUUAUGGCGACGGCGCGUGGCGCCUUGGACGAGAUGGAGCCCCUGCAGCGCCAAGAUGGAAGUUGGCAUGAGAUUGCCACGCUGUCGCUAACGGAACCUAAGGUCUCGUCUGUCAAUGCUUCGGUUUUCAUACUAAAUCAGUACGAGGCUGAUUGGGUGGUGAUGCACGAGUACCACGAGACUGCUGAAUAUGUGACGUACGGGGACCUGGAUGACGAGACGCGGCCGUUUGGUGAGCAGCAAGAGGAUGGUACCUGGGAGGCCGACGCAGAUACAGAGUACCUCGCGAGAUGCUGUGGCCAGGACAGACCAGUACGCAAGAAAGAUUUAAAGGUACAGGUAAAGGCCACUAGCAACAAAUUCCUAACAAUACAGGACUACGUGUCUGGUGUGUUAAGGCCUAUAUUAAAUUGUGUCAAGGCUAAUUAG